CCGAUCCCGAAUGCUCCAUGCCGAGCCCGGGAUCGGACAACAACACGAGCGACAUGGAUGACUUCCACAACGAGCUGUGGGCGCUGGCCGAGAGCAGCAGCAUCUCGUUGCGGUACGCCAGCGCGCCCGGGGGCAUCAGAAAGUACACGGCCGGAGGCAUCUCCCUGCGCUACCAGCGGGCGACCGACGCCGCGAUGCGCGCCACGACGGUGGUCCGGAACCGACCGCGGAUGCGCAGGCGGAGCAAGACGCGGCGCGGAAGCACCGGCUCUUCAGCAGUGCAAUCGCCGGCCAUGUCGUCCGCAGCCUCGCCCCAGCCACCAAACGCAGAGUGUCCGCCGUAGCAUCAUCCGCUGGGUGGCGCGCAUAUCCUUCCGUAUCUCUUUUCUUGGUGCUCCGGUUUUGUUUCUCC